UGUCAACAUUCGGCGUGUUCGAACUGAAAAUAAUGUGCUCCAAGUAAUCUUCUAUAAUAAUUAUUUAGACUAUUGUAAUUGUAAUUGUAAAUUUAUUAGCUUACGAUACCCUGUUGGUUACAUUUGUAUACCUUAUGUCAGGUCAAGGAAGAAACUGUUAAUUUAAUAACAUUGGGAUACUACAGAGUUACUGCUGCUUAUUUCUAAAAGUGAAGAUAAAGGUACUAAGGUAGACAAAAUUGGUGCAAACUGAUUAGGAAUGGGAAAAAUCCCACUCUUCCACGAGUCCGACCAGGAGGAUGAAAAGGAAUCAAUUGAAUUUACUACAAACAAAGGCUAUGCUAAACACUACGAUGAAUUUCGAAAGAAGGAAAUUCUUGGACAACUGAAAAAUCUGGAAUCAGACGCAGAAUCGUCAUCCAGUGACGAUGAAACAACGGACGAGGAAGUUGUCGACCCAGAUUUCGACAAGGAGUUCUUCCGGACAUUAGCCUAUCUGAAACGGCGGGACCCGGCCAAGUACGAUGAGAAACCAAACUUUUUCGAAAACGUAAAACCUGUCGAAGAAGUUGCGUUGGAAAAGCGUAAGAAAAAAGAAAAAGCUAUGACUCUGAAGGAUUACGAACGGAAGGUCAUAGUGGAGAAGGGUGGUAUUUACGAGGACGAAGAAGAUGGACCUCGACGGGAGGAACGCGCGGAGUCACCGUCGCUGGUGAAGCAACAGGAACAGUUGAAGGAUGAAAUCAAGCGCGCACUUAAUCAGAUUGAUACGGACGAUGAAGCGGAUGAUGAGAAAGGGGGACUUUUGAAAAAACGAAGCAGAAGUAAAGAUGACACUGACAAAGAACAGGCGGACUAUUUGAAGUGGCUAGCUGAUAGGAAAGCAAAAGAAGCCCCAUCGGACGAUAUUAAACCAUUGAAACCGCUAAAGGAUUUCUGGAGUAGCAAGGUUCUAUCGAAAGAGGAUGCUUUUUUGAGAGACUACAUUUUGAACAAGCGCUUUGUUGAUAGUUCCGGAGAUGUUCCAACGUACGAAGAUAUUGUAGCAACAUCAGAAGACGAAGAAGAAUUGGAGAAGCAGGAGGAAUAUGAGAGGCAAUACAAUUUUCGUUUCGAGGAACCGGAUUCGGAGUUUAUUAAAAGGUACCCGAGAAAUGUGGAGGAAUCGGUUCGAAUUGAUCGAAACAAGCGGAAAGAGCAGCGUAAAGCUUUGAAAGAAAGGAAGCAGCAAGAAAAGGAACAGAAAAGGCGUGAAUUGGAAGAAAUCAAAGCAGUUAAACUGCAAGAAAUUAAGGAUAAAAUUCAAAAAUUGAAGGAGAUUGCUGCAACGGAGAAGAUGACGAUUAACGAGGAGGAAUUGGAAUCGGAUUUUGACCCAGAGGAGCACGAUCGACGAAUGCGUAAAAUGUUUGACGAUGAGUAUUAUGAUGUUGAUGAGGGCGAUCAGAAGCCGGAGUUUCUUGACCUAGACGAGGAGUUGGGUAUAGAAAACUACGACAGGGAAAAGAUUGAUGCGGAAGAGCAGGAAGACGGACCAUAUUGUGAGGAUGAGGAUUUUAACAUGGAUGCCGAUUACGAUGAAAACCAGAAAAGCAAAAAAGAACUACAAAACGAAUUGCUCAAAGCAACGGGUAGCAAGAAAAAGAAAGGGAAGAGAAUUUCUAAAUUUGUUGAAGUACUCAGAAAAGACAAACCUAUUUUCGAUCCGGAAGAUGAGAAAACCUAUGGAGAGUACAUUGAUGAGUACUACAAACUGGAUUAUGAGGAUAUUAUUGGUGAUACGCCAUGUCGUUUCCGAUACGUCGAAACCGUACCGAAUGAUUUUGGGUUGACGAUCGAAGAGAUUUUGACGGCCAACACCCGUGAGCUGAAUCGUUGGGCCAGUGUAAAGAAAACUGUUCAAAUUAGACCAAAAUAUGCAGAACUCAACGAAGCUAACGUUUACAAGAGGAAGGGCCAGAACGAAGAAUUGAAGAAGAAAAUUUUGCCUAGCCUUUACGCGCAACAAGACGACAGUGAACCAGAAGAAGAUAAUGAAAUUACAGAAAAGAAGCAAAAUAAAGUAACUGUAUUCGACGAUGGUGAACCAGUAUGCGAUGAAACUUUGGUGGCUCAAGCUGAAAAUAAAAAGAAAAGAAAGAAGAAAAAGAAGCAAUCGGUUGCUGAUGUUGCAAGUGCUGAACCGACAAGCAACAAAAAAGAAUCUAGCACGGUAAACGACAAACAGCAACAUUACCUUGAGAAAAAGUCGAAAAAGAAACCCAAACAACAUGAUGCAAACGAAGGAGAUGCCGUUGACGAUGAUCAUACUGGUACUAAUCCAAGCGAAGUCAUUAGAACCGAUAAGAAACCCAAAGAUCUCAGUAAAAGAAAACGGCCGGACGACGACAAGGAAGAGGUCCUUGCGCCGGCAUUCAAGAAGCAGAAGAGGUUUGGAAAGGAACAGCACAAAAAUGACAGAAAAACAAAAACCUCAAAUGUCAGUGAAAGUAGAUUACGUGCAUUUGGUAUCAAUCCGAAGAAGUUUCACAAUAAGCUUAAAUAUGGCGGCAAGGAAAAACACGGAGAGGGACAGAAUAGCCAGGUUAAUGGGGAGAAGAGCACCGGAAAGCCUAAGCAAUGGAGAAAUCAAAAUGGGAAUUUCAAGAAGAAAAAUUGGAAGCAAAAACGGUCUUAGUAUGUUGAUUACUUUUGUUAAAACGUAUAAUAAAGUCUAUUUGCUAUACUA